AUGUCAUCCCAGUCAAAAAGAAAACUGCAAAGUUCCAUUUUGAGCUUUGCACAAUCUCAAACUAUAAAACAAGAAGAAGUUGAAAUUAAAAGAGAAACAAUUGAUAUACAAGACACGCCUAUAGUUCCUGUUCCAUGUCCCAUAUGUCAGUAUAAUAUAGCUCAUUUGGAUUUGGCUCAACGGAAUGAUCAUGUUGACACGUGUUUAGUUAGAGUUACAUUUGUUGAGACAGAAAUAAGAACAGAAAUAUCUGAGAAAGUUGAAUCAAGUGAAGUAAUAAUUAAAGAAGAAUUUAAAGAGAAAUUUAAAUCUCCAAAGGCAGAAAGGAAAUCUAAAUCACCUAAAAAGGAGAGAUCUGAAUCAAGAGAACCAUCAUCAAUGGCCAAAAAACGAAAAGUUGAAUUAAAAGAAGAUAAACGUCAGAGAUAUGUAAAUACAGAAACUAAAAUUCAUGAUGAACCAAAAGUGAUAAAACCACCUACAACUAUUCAACCAUCUAAAUUUACAAAGAAGAGUAUACCUCCUUUAAAAAUUAUGACUUUCCCCAUAGACAAAUCGCAAAAUUUAAAAUAUCAAUUAUCAGUUGAUGCAUUUUGUUUUGCACCUUCAGAUUUCAUAGAUAAAUAUUUUCUUACUCAUUUUCAUGCUGAUCAUUAUUGUGGUAUAAGUAAAAAAUGGGCAUAUGAACGAGUAUUUACAGAUGAAGAUUUUGAAAAUCGCGGAAAAUAUAAAAAGAUUAUAUAUUGUACAACUAUAACUGGUAAAUUAUUAACAUUGUAUUUUUCAAUCGAUGAAAAGUUUAUUAAACAUUUGGAAUUAGAUACAAAGUAUAGAAUUGUUAGUUUUACUGAUGAAGUUGUGGAAGAUGGUGGUUAUAUUUGUGAUGACAUUACACCUGGAAUUUAUGUUACUCCAAUUAUUGCAAAUCAUUGUCCUGGUGCUGCAAUAUUUCUAUUUGAGAGUUAUGGUUUAGAUGGUAAUAAAACUACAAUACUACAUUGUGGUGAUUUUAGAGUCAAUAAAGAAAUGAUAACACAUCCAUCAUUAAGACGUUAUAAUAUAGAGUCCAAGGAUUGUUUAAUGAUUGAUAAAGUAUACUUAGAUACUACUUAUAUGUCACCAACUUAUAUAUUCCCCAAACAAGAAUUGGUUUGUGAGACAAUAGCUAAUUUAUUUUAUGAUUUAAAAUCGGCAAAUUUAUUCAAUAAAUGGUUUGGAAUGUUAACACAAACUAGAAUAACCGACUUUUGGAAACCACUAAAAAAGAAGAAGAAAUUCUUAAUCCUUGUUGGGUCAUAUGUUAUAGGAAAAGAGAAAUUGGCAAUUUCAAUACUGAAGAAGUUAAAUUCAAAAAUAUAUGUUUCAAAUAUAAAUAAUAGAAAGAACAAGUAUGAUAUACUACGAACGUUUCAGGAUUCAUAUUUAGAUUCAGUGUUAACAGAUGACGAUAUAGGAGAAGGUGAUGAAUCUGAAGCAUUAAUACAUUUAGUCCCAAUGAAAAUUGUUGGUCAAUUUCAAGAAAUGCAAAAUUAUUUCAAUCAUAAUAAAUAUUUCGAGCAUUUUGAGAGAUGUGUUGGAUUAAGACCAACUGGAUGGACAUUUGAAAAUAGAAGAGAGGAGAGAGAAGACUUUGAUUUACCUCAACUUUGUAUAAUUUUGGAACAUCAAACUGAAUUUUCUUAUGACAAACAUAUCCUAACUCAACAAUCCAAGAGUAAAGAGAAAUCAGAAUUAAACAAGAUAUAUACAUUACCAUAUUCUGAACAUUCAUCAUUUAGAGAAUUAGCAUAUUUUAUCAUCUUCCUAAAUUUCAAAAUGACUAUACCAACAGUCAAUUGUGAACAUGAAAACUCCAUACGUAAAAUGAACGACAUCAUAGAAUUGUGGGAAUUAGUCCGAAGAGUCAAAUUAAACAAAAUGAAACCAUCAGAUUAUGAUUUUAUUGAAGAUGAUUUAUUGAAAAGGUUUAAAAAUAUUACAUUAGAUAAUUUUUAG